AUGGCACCAUCAAAAGUCAAACUGGAGGAAGAGACUUUCCCACCACAGGAGAUACAUUUACUUAAAGAUGCAGUUUUUGGGUUUCACAAACAGGAGCCUUUUUAUCAAAACUAUCAACAGGAUGUUCCUAUUGCAAUUGAUUUGGGAACUUCAAGUUUAAGAGUCGGAUUAACGAAUUCUCCAGAGCCAAACAAUGUUUUCCCAGGAAUAAUUUCACGUUAUAGAGAUAGAAAAGCAAUGAAGACAUUAACAAUUAUAGGAAAUGAUGUUUAUAGUGAUUCGGCAUUGAGAUCAACAAUCAAAACACCUUUUGAUGGGCAACUAAUCACAAAUUGGGACUACAUGGAGUAUAUUUUAGACUAUUCAUUUGAACAUAUUGGUGCAACAAGCGAUAACGGAAAAUUGAAUAAUCCAAUUGUGAUGACCGAACCAAUAACAUGUACAUACAACCAACGUAAAUCUAUGUAUGAGCUAUUGUUUGAGGCGUACCAAGUUCCUAAAGUGAGUUUUGGAAUUGAUUCUUUGUUUUCAUUUUAUGCAAAUUCGUCUGGAAAAUCAAGUGGGUUGGUAAUAGGCGCAGGUAACCAGCUGACAAGUAUUAUACCUGUGAUUAAUGGUAGGGGAAUAUUGUCGCAAGCUAAAAGGAUUGAUUGGGGUGGCGAACAACUGCAACAAUAUCUAUCAAAAUUGUUAGCCCUCAAGUAUCCAUAUUUUCCAAGCAAGUUAAAUAACUAUCAUACGGCCAACUUGUUCAAAGAUUAUUGCUACAUUCUGGAAGACUACCAGCAGGAGAUUAAACAUAUAUUGGACAUUGAUGUUUUAGAAUCAAAGGACGUAGUAGUGCAAGCACCGGUUGAAAUUAAUGUGAGUAACGAGAAGAAGAAAACAGACGAAGAAUUAGCCGAACAAGCUGCCAAAAGAAAAGAACAAGGUAAAAGACUACAGAAACAAGCUCAAGAGAAACGAUUGGAAAAACUAGCACAGAAGCAAGAAGAAUGGGAAUAUUUCUCCAAAUUUAAAGAAGAUAACGCCUCUUUGUCCCCACAAGAGUUUGAAACUAAAUUAAUCGAAAACGGCUUUGAUGGUCUAGAAGAUUUCAAAAAGUAUAUGAGUUCUCUAGAAAGAUCCUUAAAAAGAGCUAGCCAAGGAGGAGAAGACGACCACGAAGAAGAAGAAAUUGAUCCGUCGAGUGCAUGGCCUUUAGUUGAUAUACCCGACGAUCAAUUAACAGCCGAACAGAUAAAGGAAAAAAGAAAACAAAAGCUUCACAAAGCCAAUUUUGAAGCCAGAGAGCGUAAUAAAGAGAUUAAACGGCAGCAAGAAGAAGCGAGGUUGCAAUUUGAGAAGGAGCAACAGGAGUGGCGUGAUCGUGAUUUGGAUGACUGGUGCACCACCAAACGUUUAAAGUUGGCCGAGGCCAUUAGCAAGUACAAAGAAAGGCAAAAGCUAUUGGAAUCGUUUAAGGACAGAAAGUCUGCUGCUGCGCAACAAAGAAUGAAAUACAUUGCAGAUUUAGCCAACGAUGAGAAUGGUUCGACUUCAACUCAAUCCCGGAAAAGAAGACGUAAUGCCAAUGCGACAAUAGAUAAUGAUCCCAAUGACACUUUUGGAGCUAACGAUGAGGACUGGAAUAUGUAUAGAGAGAUAACAAACUCCAGUGUCGAGGAAGAAAUGGAACAAAUAAACAGUGAAAUUUUGAAAUUGGAAGAGGAGCUUUUGUUAUAUGAUCCAAAUUUCCACCAUGAGGAUACCUUUGCCGCCGCAUCAACGUUUGAUUGGAAGAACCUGGUACUCCAUAAAUUUAUACAUGGUCCUCGUCCGAAUAUUACAAUUGAAAUGCAAGCUGAAGGGUUACUGCCAGAAGAAAUAGCCACACAUCCUGAAAUGAUCCGGAAAAACCACCAAAUGCAUCUAAAUGUAGAAAGGAUUAGGGUUCCGGAAAUAUUGUUUCAACCGAGUAUUGGUGGUAUUGAUCAAGCUGGAAUUAGUGAGAUUGCUGACGAUUUGUUGAACAGUAGAUUGGACGGGAACUUUACACCCGGUGGUCAAUCAUAUGAAGUUUUGGGGGACAUAUUUUUAACGGGUGGAUUGUCACUUUUACCUGGGUUCAAAAAUCGAAUAAUGUCAGAUUUUAGAUCAUUCCUUCCUGUGGGUGCCCCAUUACAUGUUAGAACAGCCAAGGACCCCAUUUUAGAUCCAUGGCACGGUAUGUACAAGUGGGCAAAUAGUGAAGACAGCACUGAUGGCUAUGUAACAAAAGAAGAAUACGAAGAAUACGGUCCUGAAUAUAUUAAAGAACAUGGACUUGGUAAUGCUUGCUUGAAAGAUUGGAGUUAA